CGGGCGCAUGCGCAGUGCGUGCUUUUUAGCUUUUCUCUCACGCAGUGUGGCGGCGGCCGCGCGAGCAGCGGGGCCUGGGCGCGAGGCUUCUCCACACACAGCCCGUUAGUCAGUGAGGAGAGGAGAGGGGAGCGGAGCGAGCGAGGAGCAGCAGCCGCUGCUGCUGUCGUGGUGAGCGGGCCGCGCCGGGCCUUCCGCGCCCCCACACACCGAGCGGGCCCUGAGUGACUUCUCUGGAGCAGCUGUCGCUUCUGAUUAUUGCAGUGUCUGAGGAAAAUGACCGAUUCUGUGGACAUGAAGACCCCUAACGUGAAUAACACAUCAUCGGGCUCCGGCACACAGGAGGAAAUCGUUUCCAAUGGGCACACAGAGAGCGAACCCAACCCUUUCGCAGAGUACAUGUGGAUGGAACAUGAAGAGGAAUACAAUAGACAGGUCGAGGAGGAGUUAUGGGAGGAGGAGUUCUUGGAGCGUUGUUUCCAGCAGAUGCUGGAUGAGGAGGACAAGGAGUGGUUCAUUCCAGAGCGGGAUUUGCCCGGCAUCAACCAGAUACAACAGCAGAUGAACGGAUUGUCCGUGAACGACAGCAGCAAGACAGAGGAACUCGUGAGUAAAAGUACUCUGAAUCCUGAUGCGAAGGAGUUUGUACCUGGUGUGAAAUACUGAGGACCCCAAGGCUUGCAGACUGCCCUCUGCUGGAGGAGUUGACGGUGGCACAAGAGAAAACCAACACUUCUGAACACUGUGAAGCCAGUCACUCUUUAGGAGGGUCGAUUUUGUUCAUAGAUGCUACCGGGUAUUUUUUUUCCCCUCUCUCCUCCUUGCCUCCUACCCUUUCCUUCCCCUUUACUCCCAAAUCUGCAAGACGCAUUAGAUUUCAAUGUUUUCCAGCUUGUUUCAGCUUCAUUGCAAAACUCUCCAAACACACACACACACGCACACACAGGUCCUGUUACGUUUUCCCCACACCCAAGCAGAAAGCGGCAUAAUUUCUGCCCGUACUGAAGUGAACCAGUAUUCACAUGCCAGCGCAGUAUUCCUCUUAACAGUGGGGAAGGGGGCUUUGGGGGGGGGGGGGAAUAAGACCCGUCUUUUCCUCAAAGGAGGAAUGGGUGGGAGUGUAAACAGUGAAGAGAAACUGUCUGAAUCGCUGAAUUUGUACAACGCAGCUCAAAAAAAAAACUUGUUUGUGUAGGGGUGGGACAGUGUCUGCCUGACCUGCAUUUUAAUUUAAAGCUGUGGUUUUCUUUA